CCGCUCUGUCCUCGCGGCAGUCUGACGCCGGUCGCGCAGUCAGCAUGGCUGGAUUUUCUCGCAGUUUUUCGCCGGUUCCGCCGUGCUAGUCGCUCGCGGGAGUGCGUGUCGCCUGUCAGUGUGUGCCCGACGGUCCACGGCUAGCCAUCCUCGAGUGUGCCCUUCGUUACGAUCCCGCGGGUCUCCUGGGAAGGAGCGAUGCGAACGAAACAGACGCCAGACACACGAACCUAACCUCCAAAGACAAAGAUGAGCCGAGGCAUUGCUCCGGUUGUAUCGCGGCCCCGGUGACGCUCGACCAGCUCUCGUGUUCUCGUGCCGUUCAAUUCGCUCCGUCGCUCCGUCGAUCUGUUCGCGUUUAUAGCCGCCGGUGCCGUGGAAUCUCUUAGCCGCGGUUAAAGUGCGUUUCGUCGCGUGACAGCGACCCGUGUGCGUUACCUCGAGACACUCGUGGAUCCGCGCCGCGAGGGAGACGAGGACAGGGAACGCGGAAAGAACAAAAGGGAACGUUGGAACACUACCGUGCGCGCCCCCGUUGGCGUGACAGAGAGAAAGAGAGACGGAACAAAACGAACACCAACGGCCGAGAGUGAUCUCUCCAGCUGGACGGAGAAGGGAACGCCGUUCCGGCGAAGGGAAAAAAAAGGGAGAAAGGGGGAGGUUACAAAAGGGACUCGACAACAAAUCUUGACCCGGGAACGAGGGAAAGAUUUCUUGGAAACUCGGGCUCGCGGGGACUGCUGUUUUCGACCUGGUCCAGCCGUUCAUCGGAAUUAUUUCCUCUACUGCUACUCGGCCGGGUCUUGCUCCUCCUUCGGUUCUUCUUCUUCCUCUUCUUCGGCUCGUUUGGCCGCUGACUCCGAGUCGGCCCGUGAAACCAGCCAGCCAGGACAACGAGAGAUCGAUACAGCCGAUACAGGGAUAACGGUUCGAAAAUCGUCCCGGAAGACAGGAAGCAUCGCGCACACCAGCUUCGCAUCGCCCCUCUAAUUGACAGCCGGCGAGAGGGGUGGGGGUGGGUCCGCGAUCGCGCAUAUCGGCUGCAAGCAGUUGGAACACCGCGGGUCUGACGGGGGACAAAGGCCGGGGGCAGGGUGAACCGAGACGGAGCAGGAAAGAGGAAGAGAAAUCGAGUCGUCGAACGAGAGAGCGUGAGAGAGAAAGAUCGACAGAGGGGAAGAGAAGGAAGCAGAGAGAGAGAACGAAAGAGGAAAACAGAGACGGCGGCGGACGAAAUUUACGAGUGGGUUCGUUCGCUUGCCUAAGGUGUGUUUGGGCCAGUCUCGCCGGUAACAAAUGGCCCAGCCGUAAAGCCAGCUUACGUUGGAACGACACCGGAAGUAGCCGCCGGAUUUCCGCGGGCCGCGAGGAAGCCAGAUCCGCGGACGUUUCGGCCGAACGGAGACGAAGGAUUCCGGUUGAUCGGCGUUCACCUGGAAGGCACACCGUCGAAUGCACCCUCUCGCUGUGUGUGUGUGUGUCAUUCCUCUCUGGUUUCCUCUCGAUCCACGGGAUCGCGAUCGCAUUGGGUAGGGCCCCGACCGAGGAUAAUGUCGAACGGCCGACGCGAGAGCAGCCAUUGAGAAGACAGCGAGCGCCAGGCCCCCUCCGAGCACAAUUCGCCCAAAUGGGUUAAAGACGACCGGCGCGAUGGACGGCGCGACCCCGUGCUGCUCGCAAAAUGGUGAUCGUGCUGCCCUCCUGGAAACGCAACAAGUGGCGAACAUCCGCUCCUUAUUGCUGAGCCGCGACCGAUGUUAGCCGGGAGAGGGGACAGCGGUUUCGAUCCAGGGCCCGUCAUCUCCGAUCCGAGGGAUCUCGUAGCCGUUCCACAGGCCCGCCCCGAGCGCUCGCCAGGUCCCGAGGACGCGAGAAUCGCACACUUUCUCACACUUACACGUACACGUACCCGGCAUUGUACAUAUAGCCGCGCGUAUCCCGAUAUAUCGUAUAUCCCGGUGGUUCCAUCGGGGAUUCGGGGAUCGAGGGAAGCUCGCCGGGCCGAUCCGACGCGUUCCAAGAUCGCUCGAGACUCGAGGAUCCGGAGGAGUCGCAGUCCCAGGUCCGCUCUUGAUCCCGGAUUGAUCGAGGAAGGAGCAGAUCCGCUCCGUAGCCUAACACCGACAUCCUCGAGGAUGGGCAGUGCCGAUGCCCGGUCAGCGAAACUUCCCAGGAGUCACGGAGGGUUCCCGGCGCCGCUGCGAUCGGAAUCGCCGCAAGGCUGAGAGGGAAGAUCCAGGGCUAAUCUGAGAGGCAUCGGUCGCCGUCGGAUGAGACGAUGGUGAUGAAGAUCUCCGCGGUCGAGGCUGGCGUUCCCUUGUUAAGCGCCGUCGGUCCCCGCUGCGUCGUUAAGCAGGCCACGGUCAAGAGAUGCGUCGCGGCCCUGCUGCUCGUCUCCGUUGCCAGUAUUUUUUACUACACGCACUACAUCAUCAGCAGUCCUCUUGCCAGCCUGAUCCACCGAGACACUAGGCCGGAGCCAGCGAUAAGGUGUUCGACACUCCGCGGAGCAACCAGGCUGCCGUCGGCUCCUGAUCAUCGCAGCGAGGCCCGCCUGAGAACGGACCCGAAGGUGUUGGUGUUCGUGGAGACACUGUACUCCGUGCUGGGCAAGAACAUCGCGGAGCUGCUCGUCUCUAAUCGAAUCAAAUACAAGCUGGAGGUCGCCGGGAAGUCGCUGCCGGUGCUGACGAACCUGGACAAAGGUCGUUACGGGGUCCUGAUCUUCGAGAACCUGAACAAGUAUCUGCAGAUGGACAAAUGGAACCGCGAACUGCUGGACAAAUACUGCAGAGAGUACUCCGUGGGCAUCGUGGGAUUCGCGCCGUCCGGCGAGGAAAGUCUCGUCGGUGCACAGCUGAAGGGCUUUCCUCUGUUCGUGCACACUAAUCUUAGAUUGAAGGAUGCUCAGCUGAACGCGGCCUCCCCUAUUCUACGAUUAACCAGAUCCGGGGAAACAGCCUGGGGACCACUUCCUGGCGGUGACUGGACCAUUUUUCAGGCGAAUCACAGCACCUACGAGCCACUGGCGUGGGCGCACCGGGACAGCCUCGACUAUCCGGCCAACAAAAGUCCUCUGGCGACCGUCAUUCAGGAUCACGGGAGGUACGACGGGAUCCAGAGGGUGUUUUUCGGCGGCGGUCUCCGAUUUUGGCUGCACAAUUUGCUGUUGCUCGACUCGCUGUCAUACUUAUCGCACGGCCAGCUGAGCCUCAGCCUGAAUCGCAUGAUCCUGGUGGACGUGGACGACAUAUUCGUCGGCGAGAAAGGCACCAGGCUGAGGAAGGACGACGUGAUGGCGUUGCUGGCCACCCAGCAGAGGAUCCAGGCCCUGGUGCCCGGCUUUAAAUUCAACUUGGGGUUUUCCGGGAAGUACUUCCAUCAUGGCACCGCCGAGGAGAAUCUGGGGGACGACAUGCUGUUGGAGAACGUCGACAGAUUUACGUGGUUUUCUCACAUGUGGAACCAUCAGCAGCCCCACCUCUACGAGAAUGUGACGCACCUGCAGCUGGACAUGGCGUUGAACAAACAGUUCGCGAAAGACCACGGGAUCCCGACCGGAAGCGGGUACAGCGUAAGUCCUCAUCACUCAGGCGUCUAUCCGGUCCACGAGGGGCUGUACGAGGCGUGGAAAAGGGUGUGGAACAUCAAGGUCACCAGCACCGAAGAGUACCCUCAUCUGAGGCCCGCUCGAUUAAGACGCGGCUUCAUUCAUCGUAACAUAAUGGUUCUACCGAGACAGACCUGUGGCCUUUUCACGCACACGAUCUUCAUCGAUAGAUACCCAGGCGGACGGGACAAGCUGGACAAAUUGAUACAGGGUGGCGAACUGUUCCAGACCAUCGUUCACAAUCCUAUCAAUAUUUUUAUGACGCACAUGUCGAAUUAUGGGAACGAUCGUCUGGCACUGUACACCUUCGAAUCGGUGAUCAAGUUCAUUCAAUGUUGGACGAACUUGAGGCUGUCCAGCGCGCCGCCACUCCAGCUGGCCGAGCGUUACUUUCAACUUUACCCCGAAGAGUCUGAUCCUGUUUGGGGCAAUCCCUGCGACGACCAGAGGCACCAGAAGAUCUGGUCGCGGAACAAGACCUGCGAUCAGCUGCCGAGGUUCCUGGUAAUCGGGCCCCAAAAAACCGGCACCACGGCUCUCUACACUUUCCUGUCCAUUCACCCAGCAAUAAGCAGCAACUUGCCGAGUCCGGACACGUUCGAAGAGAUCCAGUUCUUUAAUGGGAAAAAUUAUUACAAGGGACUGGAUUGGUACAUGAGUUUCUUCCCGGCGUCGAAGAACGAGAGUUCGAGGUACCUGUUCGAGAAGUCUGCCACCUACUUCGACGGUGAACUGGUGCCGCGGAGGGCUCACGCUCUGCUGCCGAAAGCGAAAUUGAUCACUAUACUUCUGUCGCCGGCGAGGAGGGCUUAUUCCUGGUACCAGCACACCCGGGUCCACGGAGACACGGUGGCGAACAAUUACUCCUUUCACUCGGUGAUCACCGCGAGCGACACUGCUCCGAAGCCUCUGCGCGAUCUCAGGAACAGGUGUUUAAAUCCUGGCAAAUACGCCCAGCACCUGGAACGAUGGCUCUCCUAUUAUCCGCCGCAGCAGUUGCACAUCAUAGACGGUGAACAACUGAGACAGAACCCCGUGGAGACGCUGCACGAGCUGCAAAGGUUCCUCAAGAUCACACCGGCGUUCAACUACUCGUCGCAUCUUAGGUACGACCCGAAGAAGGGCUUCUUCUGCCAGGUCACCAACGAGGAUCGGACCAAGUGUCUCGGGAAGAGCAAAGGUCGCCAGUACCCUCCCAUGGAGGACAAGUCCUAUAAAUUGUUGCAGAGGUAUUAUUUGUCCCACAACACGGCCCUAGUAAAAUUGUUGAAGCGACUUGGACUGAGGACGAUCCCGCAAUGGCUGAAGGAGGACCUCACCGACACGGUGAUGACCUAGCAAACGUCGAUCAUGUGAAACGAUACCGUUUCGGCGCUCCUGAUCUCGACGGUGAACGAGAUCCACCGUUUGCUAGCGGAGGACUUGUAAAAUACUUUUGUAAAGUACACACUGAUCGCUCUCCACUGGACUCGAGAUCCUCGACAGAAGGACCACAACAGGCCUAGAUCCCAGUGGGUGGCUUGGCCUAAAUCGAUGGGAGAGCCUGCGAAACUAGUCACUAUAAAAAGAAGAAGAAGAAGAAGACAAAGAAGAAGAAUGAAGAAGAAGAAGAUGAAGAAGAACGGUUUCACGGUGACACGACCGUGGCCGUCGAUCGUUGUUAAUAGCACUAUUAUUAACGUUAUGUAUUAUUAUCGUCAUCGUUGUUCCCACGCGAAGGAGGCGAUUGUUAGCCGUUGUAUACCGUUCACGAUCCUCUCCGAUGGUUUACUGGCUCGGUCGAAAGGCGAAAGGAUUCCUAAUUACUCCCCGAAUCGGAUCCUCGAUCGCGGCGCGUUUCAUUUGAUAAAAUCAAUAUUUUGGUAACGAACGUGCGCGACGAUGAAUCGUGAGGAUCCAUCGGAGACCUUGCUUUCGUCAGACUUAUCUGGUAAAGAUCGUCGACGAUCGGAACGAGAUGACGAGGGGCGGUCCUCCGGGAAUUGACGAUGACCACUGUGAGACAAGAUCUGUCCAAAUCGUGUUACAAUGUUUCAAGAGAUUUAUUUCCUCAUGAAAGUGAUCCAUGAGAUAGAUCGAGCGUUGAUGUUUGUCGCGGAUCCGCCGAGAUCCGCCAGUCCUUCACUCCUGGCACUAAUUGGCAGGAUCGUUUUUUCCGGGAUUCCUCGAGCUUCACUCCCGCCCACUUACCUCUCGGAGACACACACACACAAAUGAACAAACAGACAGAACAAACAAACAAACGAACACAAACACACCGAUGUACAUUAAUUCUCGUUGGCGUAAGCGUAUUUAAGGAAACGAUAAUGAUGAUUCUAUGUAUAUUUUGACAAUACUAUUCUUGGUACCGACGAUGGAGAAAGGAUCGAUGAAGAGUGUGCAUGAGUGAAUGUGCGAGAUGAGAGAGAGAGAGAGUGCGAAAAAAUUUGAAGAAAGAUCGCGUCCGUUUGUACAUUUAUGUAUCGUACCAUUUUUUAUGUGAUCGUAGGUGUACCAUAAAAAUGACUUAAACACAUGGUGAGAAAAAUUUCAGGGAACGAUCUCGUCGGCGAGAUCGUUGCCCUAGAUCAAUCUUUUUUCGGUGGGAAGGUAAUAACUGCCUAUUUGCAAUAAUCGCUAUCGUCACGUGCGAGACACGCCGACUAUGGUUUAUACGAUAAAUCCUAUGUUCCGUGGUAGGGGAGAGCGCGUUCGUUGUUGGAAGGAAAAAAAAAAGGAGAUCGGUUUUUUCGAGACUUUAAUACCUGAUGUAUGAUACCUAGCGUGUCCUAUAGCGAACUUCGCGUCCUCCUUGUGGAUAAUCUCGUUGUUCACGGGAUCGUUUGAUCGUGGCGAUCGUUUGUUGAAUGCAUAUCAGUUACUAUUGUCUUUGUUACACCUUGUAUACGAUAUAUUAGCUACUUACGAAUUUUGUUCCCGAUCGAUUAUAGCCCGUCGGACCAAUCAGUAUCGUCCGAUCGCGUUCCGGGUGCCAGAUUUUCUUCGGGCUCGCUCGUUUGCUGCAACGAUUCGCUCGAAAUUUCUUGUUUUUAGUUGUUUCUUUAGUUGUUUAUUCUACUUGCGCGGUUAACGGGUAGAGGAUUUUUACGUUGAACAAAUAUUGUCAAGACGUAGACGAUAUACAUCUACAAAGACAUUGAUUUCUUUUCUUUUUACGAUGAAUUUUUUAAGAGUUGGAAAUGAUGCUGCUUUAUUUUCGAAGUUUUUAAACGUUCUAUUGUUUUACGUUUGAUCUGCUCGUUUUCAUUGUGAACGCAUAAAAGCCGCGGUCGAGUAAUUAACAAGGCGUCAGGUUAGUUAGUAUCUAUUUCUGUUAAACUUUUCUUUUUAAUAUUCAUUUCGACGUGACGUCGCAAAAUUGUAACGAUUUGUUGCUGUUGCAGCAAACGAACGAAACUUUCGGAUCGCAGAACGCGUGUUUGGCUUGUUUCUCGAAGAAUCGUUCGAAAUUGUCUUAUCAGGGUGACUGGAAGUCGUUGUUUAACCCUCGGACAGCGGUGCCCGGGUCCCUAUUAACCCGUCUUUUCAAGGGUUUCACAAAUUACCGAAUAUAAUGGUCGAUACGAAUUUUCAUAAGAGGAUCAACGCGUCUCUGUGUAUCACAUUCGACAAUUUGAUAAAAGCGUAAUAUUUAAAAAUCGUCCGACUCGCGAGGGUGAAGUUAGGAAAAGCACAAAAUCAUUGAGAAGAAAAAGUUGAGAUAAAAUUGUAACGUAAAAAAAACCUUACGAAAUCCGUAAACAAUGGGCCAAAGCGAGUUUCUAUAAUCGCGACGUAAUAAUUCUUAUCGAUCGUUCUACCCGUUCUACACGUUUAGACGCUGUCGUACGAACGUUUUGUUACCCCUUGUAUAUUUUAUUUUCAUUUUUAUACUGCCGUUGAACUGUGUCACGUGAAAGAAACAAACAAAACAAAAAAAAAAACAAAAGAAAAAUGGAAAGAACGGUUAACGAAUCAUGUACAAAGUUCAUUGUUAAUAUAAAUGAUAGUUAACGAGCAAACGAUUAUCUCACGUAACUAAGCGAUUGAUCUGUUUCGUCGAAUCGUGCCAUUUUACCAAGUGUUGUAUAUACAGUUGUGUAUAUCAUUGUACCGCGACCUCGGAUCUCUAGAGUCAAUAUCCACACGAUUUCUGUUUUCGGUAUGGCGGCGGCAACGACUGUCCGGUUUGCUGCUAGCUGACAAUAAUAUUUGACGAAAAAAAAGAGAAAAAAUACAGAAUCGGAAAAAACCGGCCGAGGAUCCGAGGAUCCAUCGGCGAAAAUCUUUCUCGAAGCCCUUGCUGACCGACUAAUUGGCAUCCGUUCGUCGUUGGUUCGCCGAAGUCUCGCAUCUCUCGAAGAGUCAUCAAUUUUAACGAUUUGUCCAUCGGAAGUCUGUCCAUCCGAAUUUUCAAUUAUUCUACAGCGCCGAACUAGAGCUCGAAUAUUAUUGUUUAAAUAAAUGAGUAAAUUGUUAGACCGUUUCA